GACCCGGCCGGACAAAUUUCCUGCUCGGCUGCGGACUGCGGGGGGCAGGAGGCGGCGCAAGCGGCGCCAGGACCCCGCUGCCUCCGCGCGUCACCACGACCCUCCUUCGCGCCCGGUGGGGACAGCGAGGCGCCCCGGAGGGCGGCAGGCGAGCGCUCGGGAGAUGCAGAGCCGCCUCGGCGGAGCGGUCGGCGCGACUGGACCGGACCCCAGGAGACUAUAGCCUUCAUUUCUCCUUGGUGCACCAUGGAGCCCUUCUGUCCACUCCUGCUGGCAGGUUUUAGCUUGCCACUCGCCAGGGCUCUCAAGGGCAACGAGACCACCACAGCGGAGAGCAACUGGACCACCACGACGUCAGGCCCUCCAGACUCAGGUGCCUCCCAGCCGCUGCUCUUCUGGCUGCUGCUGCCCCUGCUGUUGUUCCUCCUCUUUCUUCUCCUCGCCGCCUACUUCUUCAGGUUCAGGAAGCAAAGGAAGGCUGUGGUCAGCGCCAACGACAAGAAGAUGCCCAACGGAAUCUUAGAAGAACAAGAGCAGCAGAGGGUGAUGCUGCUCAGCAGGUCCCCUUCGGGGCCCAAGAAGUACUUUCCCAUCCCUGUGGCGCACCUGGAGGAGGAGAUCCGCAUCCGCUCAGCUGAUGACUGCAAGCGAUUUCGUGAGGAGUUCAACUCAUUACCAUCUGGACACAUACAAGGAACUUUUGAACUGGCAAAUAAAGAAGAAAACAGAGAUAAAAACCGAUACCCCAACAUCCUUCCCAAUGAUCACUCUAGAGUGAUUUUGAGUCAAGUGGAUGGAAUUCCCUGUUCAGACUACAUCAAUGCUUCCUACAUAGAUGGUUACAAAGAGAAGAAUAAAUUCAUUGCAGCUCAAGGCCCUAAGCAGGAAACCGUUAAUGACUUCUGGAGGAUGAUCUGGGAGCAGAAAUCUGCUACUAUCGUCAUGUUGACUAACCUGAAAGAAAGGAAAGAGGAAAAGUGCUACCAGUACUGGCCCGACCAGGGCUGUUGGACCUACGGGAACAUCCGAGUGUGCGUGGAAGACUGCGUGGUCCUGGUAGACUACACCAUCCGGAAGUUCUGCAUACAGCCACAGCUCCCCGAUGGCUGUAAAGCCCCGCGGCUCGUCUCACAGCUGCACUUCACCAGCUGGCCCGACUUCGGAGUGCCUUUCACCCCCAUCGGGAUGCUGAAGUUCCUGAAGAAAGUAAAGGCACUCAACCCCGCGCACGCCGGGCCCAUCGUGGUCCAUUGCAGUGCGGGUGUGGGCCGGACAGGCACCUUCAUCGUGAUCGACGCCAUGAUGGACAUGAUGCAUGCCGAGCAGAAGGUUGACGUCUUUGAGUUCGUGUCCCGAAUCCGCAACCAGCGGCCUCAGAUGGUCCAGACAGAUAUGCAGUACACAUUCAUCUACCAAGCCUUACUUGAGUACUACCUCUACGGGGACACGGAGCUGGACGUGUCCUCCCUGGAGAAGCACCUGCAGAGUCUGCACGGCACUGCCACCCACUUCGACAAGAUCGGGCUAGAGGAGGAAUUCCGGAAACUGACCAAUGUCCGGAUCAUGAAGGAGAACAUGAGGACAGGCAACUUGCCAGCAAACAUGAAGAAGGCCAGAGUCAUCCAGAUCAUCCCGUAUGAUUUCAAUCGAGUGAUCCUUUCUAUGAAGAGGGGUCAAGAAUACACAGACUACAUCAAUGCAUCCUUCAUAGACGGCUACCGACAGAAGGACUAUUUCAUCGCCACCCAGGGGCCACUGGCACACACGGUUGAGGACUUCUGGAGAAUGGUCUGGGAGUGGAAGUGCCACACGAUCGUGAUGCUGACCGAGGUGCAAGAAAGAGAGCAGGAUAAAUGCUGCCAGUAUUGGCCAUCAGAAGGCUCAGUUACUCAUGGAGAAAUAACUAUAGAAAUAAAGAACGAUACUCUUUCUGAAGCCAUCAGUAUACGAGACUUCCUGGUCACUUUCAAUCAGCCUCUGGCCCGCCAAGAGGAGCAGAUGCGCAUGGUACGCCAGUUCCACUUCCACGUCCCCGCCGAGGGCAAAGGCAUGAUAGACCUCAUUGCAGCCGUGCAGAAGCAGCAGCAGCAGACAGGCAACCACCCCAUCACUGUGCACUGCAGUGCUGGAGCAGGGCGAACAGGUACAUUCAUAGCCCUCAGCAACAUUUUGGAACGAGUAAAAGCUGAGGGACUUUUAGAUGUAUUUCAAGCUGUGAAGAGUUUACGACUUCAGAGACCACAUAUGGUGCAAACCCUGGAACAGUAUGAAUUCUGCUACAAAGUGGUACAAGAUUUUAUUGAUAUAUUUUCUGAUUAUGCUAAUUUCAAAUGAAGAUUCCUGCCUUAAAAUAUUUUUUAAUUUAAUGGUCAGUAUAUUUUGUAAAAAUCAUGUUAAUUUAUUUCAUAGUUGACAUUAAUAGCCUUCCUAAUUUCUUUGUAUAUAUUUUGUUAUGCUUUAAAGGUCACCUGCUAUAAAGCUCUUAAAUGUUAAAUACCCUUUUUUAAAAUUGGAAUAAUGUAUUAAGGUCAAAUAAUAUGCCAUAAAAUAUAUAUUUCUGCUAAUAUCAGUAAAUAUCUUAAUUUUUCAUUAGAUUCAUAUCAUUUCAUUUUACACAUUCAGCAUAUCUAAAGGCUGUAAAUCUUAAUAUGCCAAGUGUGCUUAUGCAAAAUACUAAACACAAAACUCAUUGUUAGUAAAACAGUUGAGAACUCAGAUGCCAGCUUAAAAUUCACUUUCCUACCCCUGUACAACCUGAGCAACAGCAUUGUUUUGAAGGCGAAUUGCUCAUGAAGAUACACUAUAAAUCGGGAAUCUUGUAAACUCUUCAGUCUUAGUCCAUGUGCUUUAUCUUCACAUUUUAAAGAUCACAGGAUACUUUACAACCUAAAUCCAGGUCUAUACACAUUAGAUUAGUUGGUGACUGACUACACAGUAAAGGUUGAACAUUCCUAAGUCAAAAACCCAAAUACUCCAAAAUCUGAAACUUCUUAAGUGCCAACAUGAUGUCACAGGUGGAGAAUUUUACACCAGACUUCAUGUCAGAAUGCUGCAGUGCAAAACUACUGUAUGAAAUUACGUUCAGACUAUGUGUAUACGGUAUUUGUGAUAUACAAAUGAAUUUUGUGUUUAGUCUUGGGUCGCAUUCCCAAGAUAUCUCGUUAGGUACAUGCAGAUAUUCCAAAUUCGGAAAAAGAAUCAAAAUCUAAAGCGCUCCUUGUCCCAAGCAUCUAAGCUAUGGGAUAUUCAACCUAUAAUAUUUCAAAAUAGGUUUAUGCAAGGCUGUGUCUAUAGCAUCUUGGCUAGAUGAGAAUAGAAGUAAAUGCUAGAGGUCCGGGUCACUCAUGGCCUUGGGUAAGCAAGACCAGCCAUCAGAGCUGCACUUGAAAGCACCACUUGCCAUCCGUUCAUCUAUUCUGUUGGACUCACAUAAUCCUUGCAAAACCACACCGACUGCACUUCUCAGUCUCCCCUCCCCCGUUCUGCCACAGCAACCUGUGCUGGUCGUCUUCUAUGCCUAAAGGACCCCAAACCAGCUCUCAUCCAAACAUUCACA